GAAUCAAUCAUCCAUCUGCCAGUGGUUCCUGCCUUCUAUCCAAUGAUCUCGCAGAUUUUAUGAGCGAUCAUUCAUCCCAUCCAUCAUCUCUCCAAGAUCAAACCUUCUGGGCUGCCCCUUGGAUGUGACGCUUCGCUUAAAAUACAUCUGUGUAUCCGGUGUCUUUAUCCGACUGUGCUCCUUUGUCCCUUGACUACGCUCGGUUAUCGUCACCAGGGACUGCGUUUAAAAACUCUAUGCCUGUCUAUCGCAGAUCAGAAGUGCUGAACGGCAGCUCGCCUUUGCAGAAAUGGGCCGUACUCGCGAUGCAGGCCUACACCACUCAGCUAAAAAUAGAUUCUUAUCUCGGUAUAUCUGACCGUUCACGAUUGGAACAAUCAACAAGGGCGAACAGCUGUACUCAGUUUUCUUGUUAUCCCUUCUUAACUUCUCGAAGAUCCAAAGCCAUCUCGACCGUCUAACAGUGCUGGCUAUUAACCGUUUCUCCAAGCAAGUACCAUAAUUCACGUCAACGUUAAUUGUUUACAUUAUCAAGCCUCCAAGAUGCCUCUAAAAUGACUGAUACUUGAUGUGAUGACGUUCCAUAUGCACCCUUUCAUCCUUACUUACUGUCUAA